UAUCAUUUCUGUCAUAGAAGUAUUCAAACGAAAGAGAGAUCAAUCUGAAUAGUUUUACAAAGGCAUGGGCAUCUCAAAGUACAAGGCUCUUAUUGCCUCACUAAUCUUUCUAAUUCUUUUUCUCUUAUCUGCUGCAGAAGAUCAUGAGGUUAGCAGCAGUAAUAAUAUUGAUGCAAUAUCAAAAUCACUCAAAGCUCGUCCGCAUAUAAUAGAUUGUGGAAAAGAAUGUACGAGGAGGUGCAAGUUAGCAUCUAGACAGAAAAUGUGCAAGAGGGCAUGUGGGACAUGUUGUGCCCGUUGCAACUGCGUGCCGCCAGGAACGUCUGGAAAUGAGAAUGUCUGUUCAUGCUAUUCUACUAUGACUACUCAUGACAAUAGACGCAAGUGCCCUUAAUUAGUACUUGACGCGUACGUGCAUUCAAAUUGUAUGCACGUGCACCCACUACUUGUAUGCUAGAUCUGUUUCUGUGUGCGUUUAAAAAAAUAAGAAUGAAUAUGUGUUUAAAGGGGUUGUAUGAUCAAGUGAAGAGCUGUUGCUGCGAGCAAAUGGAGUACAAAGAAUUUCACAACUUUUUAUACGAACUCCACAAUUAUAUAUGCCAACUCUAUAAUGUAGAUAUUGCUUGCAUAA